GAAAUAUAUUUUUGUUCAUCUGAAAACAUUUUUAUGUAUCUGUAAUAAUAAUUUUUAGCUCCAAAUAUGGACUCCGGUUUUUUCUCACCUAGACCUCUUUUUCCCAAUGUCAAUAAUCAAAACAAAGUGUCCUUCGCUGUCCGAUCUGUCGCAAUCUAUUGGGCCCAUUGACGGUACAGAUUCAAAGAGAGCACUUAAGCCCUUAUGUGACAAUAUAUUUGAUGUCCAAAGAAGUGAAUUGGUUGAAGUGUUAGAGCGCUUACGUAUAGCCUUCUGGAGCGAUGAGGAUUCUUUACCUAUUCCCAUGGCAAUCUUGCCGCCAACUUUACAGGAAGCGCCAGCCCCACAGACACAACCUUCGACGCCACAAAACUUCAAGCGUGUAUUUUCAGAACACGAUGAAGAUUCAUCAUAUCAAAAUACUAUGAUGGAACCAAAGUCAGCUGAACGAAAACGCAUGAGGUUAUGUGAAGACGAACGAUUAUCAAAGAAAUCGUCUGUCAUACCACCAUCACCUAAAUCAUUACCGUCAUUUUCAUCGCUGUGGCCGUUAAAGAAAUCAAUAAUAAGACAGAUAAAAACAUCCAACAAAUACAACGAACCACACUUACUAAAAGUGUUAACGGAUUUGUAUCAAUCCAAAUCAACUGAACAGAAUAAUCACCUGGCUUUAUAUUUGAUCCCUGUUGCAAAAGCGAUGCGAAGGGAUACAAUUACUAAAGUAUUGGAACAAUGGCAAAAACCUAGAGAUUAAUACUCGAAAUUUUUUCAAGCUAGUAAAACAAAGUCCAUGACAUCGUCCUAUUAAGUUGUAUGAAGGCAAUAUUAAAACAAUUUCUAGGUAGUCAACUGAUAUUUAAUGAAAUAUAUUAAAGAACACGUUAUUUAUAAAGAAUGAAAACACACGCGCAGAGAAAAAUACUCACUCUGCCAAACAUGGAC